AUGUCCGCCCCCGCUCCAACCGUAGACUCGAUCCCCGCUUCCCACGAGCCGAUCAAGGCCGCCCUCCUCGGCGGCGGCCUCUUCGCAACGAACAGUUACGUGCCCUCUCUAGCUCUCGUGCCGGGCCUCUCCGUGUCGACAAUCUGGUCACGCUCUCCCGAGUCAGCGUCCAAGCUCGCCGCAAAGGCAAAGGAGACGGGUCUCCCCAACAGUCCUUCUCCCGAGGUCAAGUCCGGCCCCGACGGUCUCGAUGCCAUCCUCGCCGACGACAGCAUCAGGGCCAUCAUCAUGGUGCUUCCCCUUGGCGUGCAGCCGGAACUCAUCCGGCGCGCGUGGAAGGCAGGCAAACACGUCAUCAGCGAGAAGCCCGUGGGGCGCGAUGUGGAGCAGGCCAGCCAGCUCGUCGAGGAGUACGAGAGGGAAUGGGCGCCAAAGGGCCUCGUCUGGCGCGUGGCUGAGAACUUCGCCCACGAGCCCUUCCUGCACCGCGCGGCGCGGCUCCUGGCCUCCCCACAGGUCGGUCCCGUGCUCUACUACCGGAUGAACUUUGAGACUGUCCUCCUCGACGGCGCGUCCUACCACGCAACGACCUGGCGCACCGUCCCGGACUACCAGGGCGGCUUCCUCCUCGACGGCGGCGUGCACUGGGCAGCAGUGCUGCGCUGCGUCCUUCCUCCCGCAUAUUUGCCUACCACCAUUACGGCGCACAAGGCCCUGCACCGCUCCCACAUGCCGCCGCACGACACGCUGGUCGGCCUCGCCCUCCCCUCCCCCUCCGCGACGGGGGAGCCGCAGGGCUCCUUCGCGCCUGGCGCUGGCACGAUGGAUCUGAAAGACAUGCCCGUGCAGCCUGGCCGCUCGGCCCCAGUGGGCAGCUUCACCCUCUCGUGGGCCCUACCUGACACCGCGCGGGAAAGUAGGGCGCAGAACGAGCUGCGCGUCACAUGUGCGCAUGCCACACUAACGCUCAUCAACAAAGGACGCAGCUGGCGUCUAGAGCUUCGAGGCGAGGAGGGCGGCGAAGUGGCCGAUGUCACAGAAGAGGGACCCGUGAGCGGCGUCGCGCGCGAAUUGGCCGAGUUUGCGGCUGCUAUUGCGGGCGAGAAUGGAGUUAACAAUGGCGAGCCGAGGGCGGCGCUCUGGGAUGUCGGGUUUGUCGAGGCUGCGCUGGAGAGUGAUGGUAAACCGAGGGAGAUUGGCGUCAAGUUGGCGGUUUGA